AUGCCACCCAAGAAGAAACCAAAGCUGACUGAUCUCCAAGCCGAAUCUGCGCAGCCGGCCGGCGAUACACCCGCCGGUGAGGGCGCAGGCAAGCCAGACAAUGGGCACGACUUGGUAGCGGAUCCCUGGACAGAUGAGCAGGAGACAGCUCUGCUGAAGGGGAUUAUCAAAUGGAAGCCAGUUGCAAUCUCCGAGUUUAUGAAAAGCCAGGGCUACGCGCCAUCAAAUUGCGAGCACACACGGAUACCAGGAAUAUGGAAGAAGCUAGGAACACUUUACAAUUUGCCUGCGCUCGAUGAACGUGAAGAUUCGUUGAUUACAGAACCCUCUGAUGACCCCGACGGAUCAAAAGACUUCUACUGCCCGUUUGAACUGCCCGAGGAUGAAUACGGCGACUUGAUGUUCGAGAGGAGGCUAGCGAUGGAGGGAUCCGCGUCACCUAAUCCCAGUGCGCAAGCGGAGUCCAGAAGAGGCAGUACAAUAGCGGAUACAGAUGAACCACGCUCGUCCCCCGCACCAUCACGAGGCAGAAAAGGAACCCGCAGCGCUCGCCAAGGAACGCGAGGCACGCGUUCGAUGAGACUCCAGGUCGAGAUUGAACCUCGUAAAGGAUUAGGCACCGGGGAAGAAGACGUAGGUUCCGAGGAGACCGGGGCAAACGAAGAAGGCGACGAGGAAGGGUCAGAUGGGGCGCAAGACGACAGCGAAGAGGACGAGGCGGAGGGAGACACGGGCGGCUCGCCGACUACAAGGAGCACACGUGCGCAGACAACCAAAUCGAGACAAAAGGGAGGCAGAGGUGGGGGAACAGGAACCAGACGAGGUGGCCGGCGACGCUAG